AUGAAGAACACCGCUCUCUAUGCCGAUGAAAAUGGAAAGCUCUGCGUUCGCCGAGAUAUUCCAAUCCCCCGACCCAGCGAUGGCGAAAUCCUGAUCGAAGUCCUUUCCUCAGGUGUGAAUCGUUCUGAUAUCACGGCAGUGACGCUUCUGGGUUCUCGCUCUCGGGUCCUUGGGAAUGACUUCUGUGGACGCGUUCUCGAAAUUUCGGGUCUGGUAGACACCACUUUCAAACCUGGUGAUCUAGUGGCCGGGUACACGAUCGCAAAUUUUGAUCGCCCUCUCCGUUACGGGUCUCACCAAUCGUACAUCUCUAUUCCACCAAAGAACAUCUUUAAAGUGCCAGAAAAUGUACCAGCUACUGAUGCUGCUGGUCUUAUGACUGUCGUUCAGACCGCAAACGAUGCUCUCUUGAACCUGCACCUGCCUCUACCCUCAAUGGCCCAUGGACCAACGGAUGGGGUCUUGGUAAUCGCAGGUGGCGCCACGACGGUUGGUAUCUCGGCUAUCCAGCUUGCGUGUAAUAUCGGCAUCAAAUCUAUUAUAGUCACGGCUUCACCCGGGCGCCACGAGCUGCUUGAGACCCUGGGUGCAACACGCUGUUUUGACUACAGGAAAGAUAGCGUUGUGCAGGACAUCAGAGCGGCUGUAGAGGAAGCCGGUCAUGGACCGGUGUUUGGUCUCGACGCUGCCGGUACACCUGACGCUGCAAAAAUACUCUUGGACGCCUUAGCAGGCCGAGACGAUAUUCAUCUGGCAUCGGUCUCUCCUUGGGCUGGAGAACGUUUCGAAUCAAUCCUUGGUGGUCGUGAUUACGAUGUCAUUUUCCAUCCUCCUGGCGCGCCAGAGCCAUUUAUCAUGCGUGCUAGACCAGCAGACGCGGCAAAGAUGUGGAGCAGUCUAAUGUGGGUACUUCAGCACUAUGGGCAGGAGUUUAGGUUGCCGGCUAUCGAGGUCUUCGAGGGAGCUGCAGAGGACGCUCUGAGAGAAGUAGAGAAAGUGGCGGAUCAGGGGAAGUUUGGAAAACUUGUAUUGAAGCAUCCUUUGAUAUAA